CGUCCUCAGGUAUGACCUCGGCUACCGCCCGCAGCUACGGGCUCGCCGUGCGGAGGAUCUCGUUCUACCUGUACCUGGUCAACGCUGUCGGCGUCGCCGUCCACGCCCCGCGCAUCUUCACCACCAACCUCACAUUCUGGCUCAUGGUCACCCAUGUGCUCUAUCUGGAGCUCCCGCUCCUGCAUCCUGACCAUCGCGCCGCAGGUUAUCCCAUGUAUCGCGCUCUUGUCGUUGGCAUGCACGGUGCAUCGUUUGCCGGCGCCUGGAUGGUUGCCGUCCUGGCUACGCUCCUUGUCUUUGUCUACGAUCCGCACUUUCUCGCCCGCAAGGCUGCCGACAUGGGCGUCUCGCUCACUGCCGCCUACCUCGCCACUGCAUGGGUCCACUGGGUGCCACCGGUUGUGCUCUCGCUCGAUCUGUGGCUCUCGAUCCAUCCGCUGGCCGCUGCUCACGGUCACAUCGCCAUGUACUCGCUGCCGCGGACUGGCCGCAAGUUCCCGCGCCGUCUCCCCUGGUCGCCUCGCCGCGUGGCUGCUGUCGCCUGGUUUGCCGCCGCCCCGCUCGCUAUCGGCUCCGUGUGGAUGCUGACCGGCCACUCACUCGUUGCUACCUAUGGUGCGCCGGCCAACUACUGGACCUCAUCCAUCAUCGCCGGCGUCGUCACCGUCGCCGCCGCCACCGCCAUCGCCACCCACCGCCUCCGCCACCCACCGCCUAUCGCCGCCGCCUCCGAUCCCCCUGCACUCACUGACCUUCGGAGUCACCCGGGUCUCAACGUCGCCUCCUCGGGCUACUUUCUCCUUGACAACGCCGACGAUGGCCCCGCCACCGAUGCCGACACCACCGACGACACUGCCGACUACGCCCAUGCCGCCCUCCCGCCGCCCGGCGCUGUUGCCGCGGCAACGACGGCGGCCUCGGCGGCGUCCUUCCUCGAGUCCUGCGGCUUGCGUCCUCUGCUGGAGCGACUGACUCUUGCGGUUGCCACUGCACGCCCCGAUGACGUCCUCGCUUUUGCUGCCUCUGCCCUCGCCGAGGAGCUCCGCGCCCGCGAUGGCCACGUCCAUGCCGUCGAUCGCCCAGUUCCCGCCCCUCGUGUUGAGCUCACUCCCUCGCCGCCACGACACGAGCUACUCGAGGCUCUCCCAAAGGCAGCCGAUGCCAGCAUCCAAGCCCAGGCUGAGGCUAACGCACGUGCAGAGGCAAAGGCUAACGCACGCUCAGAGGCCGAGGCCGAGGCCGCCGCUAUCGCCGCCGCACGUGCAAAGGCCAAGGCCGCAGCAGAAGCGCGGGCCAAGGCCAAGGCCGAUGCUGAAGCCGAGGCUGCUGCCCUUGCUGCCGCCCGUGCUGCUGCUGCCACCAAGAUUCAGGCCUCGUACCGCGGCCAUGUCGUGCGCAAGGCGCGCCGCGUCCGGCAGGCCGACGAGGCGGUCGCCGCCAUCAGGAUCCAGGCCGCCUACCGUGGCCAUGCCGUACGCAAAGCGUGUCGCGUCCGGAAAGCUGACGAGGCAGUUGCCGCCACCAGGAUCCAGGCUGUCUACCGCGGCCACGCCGUUCGCGCGUGGCGGACCUCGACGCUUGGUGCGCUCGCCGACUUGGUCACUGAUCUCAACUUUGCCGACACUGAUGCGUGCUCCGACGAGUAUGUUCAUCUCCUUCUCGAUGCUGGCCUGCGCAAAACCCCUGAUGUCGCGUCUGGGCUCGAUUUUCCGCUCCCGCCAUCCCAUGUGGCGGCUUUUCUAGCUACACUCAUGCCAGCACCAUAUCUGCCGGUGUUUGAGGCCCGAGUCCGCCCCGCUGUCCAGGCCGACCUUGCCGAAAAGGCCGCUGCUGCUGCACGUAUCCAGGCUGUCUUCCGUGCCAAGCGGGAGAGGACCGCAGCUUCUCGCGCCGCGCAAGCCUCCGCCCGCGCUGCUGCGCAGAGAAGCAAGGCUGUCUACGUGCUCCAGGCCACGCUGAGAGGCAACGCACGUCGCAAGGCGCUCCUCGACUCUGAAUUGGACCCUAGCGAGACCAAUCCUGAGCCUGCUGACCUCCCGCAAGCGCCCCGCAUCACGUCUGCAGCCACCACUCUACAAGCCCAGCUCCGCGGUAACUCGCUCCGCCACGAGCUGCUUGACGACGAUGCCAGUGCCCGGGCUGCUACUGCCCAGCUGUUCCAGGCUCACUUGCGCGGCAACGCCCGCCGCAGCAAGCUUCUCGACGAUCGCGACGCACUUUCGUCAGACUCCCUCGACUCUGCCGGGAGCGACUGCGGCGUCGACGCUGAGACCGCCGUCGUUGUCUCUGCCGACGUAUUUGUGCCUGGCGACCGUGUCCUGGCCGUGUACGAUGGCGACGGUCUGUUGUAUCCGGCCGAAGUAGUCGCUACCUACGCCAACGAACAAGUGAUUACGGUUGUCUUUGACGGCUACGACGACGAGGACGACGUUGAACUGGCUAACGUGCAGCCGCUCGAUGAGUGACGUCAAUCCGAUUUACUCGCCAACGCUCGCGUCAACGCUUGCGCGAACUACGUUUGCCGACCUGGCGUGGCGUGAGGUACGCAAUGGCUAUGUGGCCGGCGUCAAGAACCACGUGCUUGACAUCCACGUUGACUGGCACCAAAGACUCGUCCUCGGCGAUGGCAAGCAAGUCACAGUGGACGUCCUCGCCGUUGGAGGCCAGAAUCGACUGGACCAGCGUCUGACCGUCGUCGUCCGCAAAAAGCUCGAUGAUGGUGCGCUCUAGCGCGCGCUUGGGCGAAAGCCGCAGGAGAACCGAGGCCGACGAGUUAAACUCGCCGAUUGAGUG